CAUGUAGCUUUAACUAUGAGACAUUAUAUAGACAUACAUGCCCCAUUCUAGAUCUUGUUCUAAUAAUGAACUCACCAGAGGUGAACUCUAAUACACUUGUUGAGGAUGAUCAAUCGGUGGAAACAGGAUGCAUCUGAUCUAAAUUUUCUGUGACAUGACCACGGCUGCAGGGCUGGGCCAAACGGUAGGUGGUGCAGAAGAGAAGCCUGGAAGUGGGAUUUCCAAAUCUUUGGCUUUCUGACUGUUCACUGGACAAGAAUGGAGAAGCAAUACAUCCCAAAUAUAAACUUUGGCAUUACAGCAGUAGCAUCUCAAGGCUUUUCUCACUGAAUAAAGAUCCACGGAACAAAGCAGCACUCCAAUCAGAUGACUCAAAAGAGGCGGAAAAAAAAACCCUUCUUAAUCUCCCGAUCUCACGUUCAACAACUGGAAUAAAGCACCUCGUCCAAGGCAAAGGUCAAAGCUGAUUUCAAGACAUGGAAGUUCUUCUGUUUUUCAUCAUAAACUUACUGGCAGAUGAAACUUGAUGUCAAUAUGGGGUCAAAUAUCCAUAAAUGUUUUACUAGCUUGACUUCUGUCAGCAUGUCAAUACAGCAUAGAUGACGUUCCCUUCAAAGAGAGAAAACUGGGAACUGGUAUGGUGUCAUGAUGUAGCUGCUGGAUGUGACUUACAUGUGACUUUUGAUCUAAAACAGGCUGACCAAAAUCAGUAUGGAAGGGAGGCCAUCUGCUUUGAUUUGGAUAUAUAAUAACACUACGGAGGAACUGAACAUUUCCUUCAGAAACAGCACAAGUGAAAACUAUGAAAAAUACCAGUUUUACAUGAUUGGCCUCUUUUUAUCCUGCCUGUACACUGUCCUUCUCUUUCCAAUUGGAUUUAUUGGAAACAUCCUGAUUUUGGUGGUAAACCUGACCCACAGAGAGAAGAUGACCAUUCCUGACCUCUACUUUGUGAAUUUGGCUGUGGCUGACCUCAUCCUCGUGGCAGAUUCCCUCAUUGAGGUUUUUAACCUAAAUGAAAAAUACUACGACUACGCCGUCCUCUGCACCUUCAUGUCCCUCUUCCUCCAGAUCAACAUGUACAGCAGUAUCUUCUUCCUAACUUGGAUGAGCUUUGACAGAUACAUCGCCUUGGCCAGCUCCAUGAGCAGCUGUCCAUUGAGAACUAUGCAGCUUGCCAAGUUGAGCUGUGGUCUCAUCUGGAUGGCCUCCAUCUUUGCCACCCUCCUACCUUUCACAAUAGUACAGACUCAACACCGGGGUGAGGUGCAUUUUUGCUUCGCCAAUGUCUCUGAGAUCCAAUGGCUGGAGGUGACCAUUGGCUUUUUGGUCCCCUUCUCCAUUAUCGGUCUAUGCUACUCCCUGAUUGUUCGAAUCCUCAUGAGAGCCCAGAAGCACCGUGGGUUGUGGCCCCGACGGCAGAAAGCCCUGCGGAUGAUUGUGGUGGUAGUUCUGGUGUUCUUCAUCUGCUGGUUACCAGAGAAUGUCUUCAUUAGCAUCCAGCUGCUGCAGGGCACAACCAACCCAUCAAAGAGGACUGCUACCACCCUGUGGCACGACUACCCGCUCACAGGUCACAUUGUUAAUCUGGCGGCAUUCUCCAACAGUUGCCUCAACCCCAUUAUCUACAGCUUUCUCGGAGAAACCUUCAGGGACAAGUUGCGUCUUUUUGUCAAGCAGAAGGCCAGCUGGUCAGUAGUGAAUCGCUUUUGCCACCACAGCCUUGAUUUACACCUUUCUGUCAGGGACAAAGUUUCAGAAGUGUGACUGAAAUAACUAGGACACUUUUUAAAUAAACUUACUCCAUGAAAUUUUUCUUAUUCAAGUCACAUAGUUAUUCUCUUUUAGAGUUACUCAGCUUCAUCCCGUUGCGCCUUAGAUGAUUUGCCUGCUUUAUGAACAAAAACCCCCUUCUCAAGUAGAAAUAAAAAGACAAGUCCGUGUGUAUUCUUAAGAAGAUAAGCUAUGAGUGUGUUGAAGUGUUUCAUUUUGACUUAAAGUUGUUUUCCUUUCAAGCAUUUGCUGUGGCAAAGAUAAAGGGAACUGAUUCUAACAACAAAGCCGAAAGCUUUUGCACAGGAUAAGUAAAAAUAAGGUGUCAUAUGUUGCUAUCCAACAUACAAACCUCCCUGAACAUUUGGGAGUUUUGAUCUGUAAGAAAUCUAUAAUUUCUUACAGACCAGUGCUUCGGUACUGUGAAAUUCAAGGUAUUCAAUCAGAGAUUUCUUACAGAGAUUUCGUUCUCUGUAAGAAAUCAGAGGCUCUUUCAUAGCCAAGGCCAUCUCAUAGAGGAAAUGUUCCAUCAGACUGAAUCUAAUCAGGUUAUCUAUUUGAGCUACUAGAGCUGGAAGGGUCAUUUCAAUUACCAAAACCACAUGACCCUUCCAGUAUAUAAAGUAUAAAUGGCCUUUAGCAAGAAGCUUACACAUGUGUACCAUCCACAUUGUCCGUGAAUUAUGAGUAUGCAGCAUUAAAAACGCAGAACAGUCAAAGACACAGCAAAUCUAAUCUGUAUUGUCUAUGCGUCUGUCUUAUACAAUACUCUAACUCUUUUGUUGAACAGAAUAUCAUGAUAUAGUCAAACUUUGCCUAGACGAUUCCAAAUAAACAUUCACAUCCCUGAUCUGUUCCCACGUUUUCAGAAAUAUCUACCUAAACACCUUAAAAACAAUAUUUUGUAUGCUGUGUUGGUUAUCACCUUGGUUUUGUUACUAUUUAUAGAAAAUUUUAAUCACUGUCAAGUUUUGAGAUGACAUAACCCUUGAUGCCCUUAAUAAAAUUUGACCGCAUUGUUUUCUUGUUCUGUGAUCUUAAAUUAAAGCAAAUGUUU